UGCGCACUCACACACACGAAGGACCCCUGCGACUUUCAGCGCUCGAAACAAAUUUGAAUGCGGAUUUUGGUUGAUGUCAAUAAAAUAGUGGUCUUUGACUAUUGGUUUAUCACAGAAAAUAACGGACUAAAUCAGAUUGUUCCUUAAUGUAAACAGACCACUUUGUUAGGAUGGGAGACGAACACUGUAGUCUUUUAGCUAGGUAGCUUGGUAGCCUAAAUAAGUAACGUUAGCUACGUUCAAAACAAAUAGCACUAGCUAGCUAGCUUGUAGUUCGUUUUCUAGUUUGCGGUCUCGGCUGGCUAGCUAGCUAGUUAAGAUAAACAGGUAGAUUUAUAGAUACAUCUUUUAAACGAGACUAGUUUUGCAUUUUACUUAUUUACAGAAUUAAGAUUAAAACAUUUCUGACAUUGGAGCCCUGUGUAUCUGGCAUCAAGUGGAACUGGUGUGGGCGAAUGAGACUUAAAAUCUAGCUAGACUGCAAGUGACGUGAACCAAUUGUAUUUUAUUAAGCCACAAGACAACGCGCAGAGCCAUCAUGAAAAGGCGAGGGGAGCUGGGAGACCCUCUAAAGAGGAAGAAGAAGCGUUGUGAGGAGCCCAGCUCUGACGAUGACAACAAAUCGCACCCGGCCACUAGCCAGGACUCUAGUCAGAGUGACUCCUUCAGCGAUGCUGAAGAACCCAGACCAGGGUUCUCCAUGCCCUUGCUAUCUCAACAUGCACUGCAGACAGAAGAGUCCCAGGAGAGUUCCUCCAACAAGUUCUCCAUCUACAACAGCGUGUCACAGAAACUAAUGGCCAAGAUGGGUUUCCGGGAGGGGGAGGGUCUGGGGAAGUUUGGCCAGGGCCGGAAGGAAAUCGUGGAGGCGUCGACCCAGCGCGGGCGAAGGGGUCUGGGCCUCACGCUGCGGGGGUUCCAGGGGGAGCUGAACGUGGACUGGCAGGAUGAGCCCGAGCCUAGUGCAGUGGAGCAGGUUGACUGGUUCCCAGAAUGCUCCACUGAGAUCCCUGACGCAGACGAGCUGAGGGACUGGAUGACUGUGGGAAUGAGGAAGUUGAAGAUAGAAGACGAGACAGAGUUUUGCUCUGAAGACCUUUUGCACAGCCUGCUGCGGUGCAAGACCGUCUUUGAUGACCUGGAGGGAGAGGAGAUGCGUCGCGCUCGGACACGGGCCAAUCCUUACGAGACGAUCCGCGGGGCCUUCUUCCUCAACAGAGCCGCCAUGAAGAUGGCCAACAUUGACCACGUCUUUGACUACAUGUUCACCAACCCACGAGACCCGCAAGGAAAGCCGCUGACGCGGGAGCGCGAGGGGGAGCUCCUGUACUUCGGGGACGUGUGCGCCGGGCCCGGAGGCUUCUCGGAGUACGUGCUGUGGCGGAGGCGCUGGCACGCGAAGGGCUUCGGUAUGACGCUACGCGGCCCGAACGACUUCAAGCUGGAGGACUUCUUCGCCGCUCCCAGCGAGCUGUUUGAACCUUAUUAUGGAGAGGGAGGCGUGGAAGGAGACGGUGACAUCACUCGUCCAGAGAACAUCAGCGCCUUCCGGAAUUUUGUCCUGGAAAGCACAGAGCGACGGGGGCUGCACUUCCUAAUGGCGGACGGGGGGUUUUCGGUGGAGGGACAGGAGAACAUCCAGGAAAUCCUCAGCAAGCAGCUGCUACUUUGUCAGUUCCUGACAGCUCUGUCUACCCUCAGAACAGGCGGUCACUUUGUGUGCAAGACGUUUGACGUGUUCACCCCCUUCAGCGUGGGCCUGGUGUACCUGCUCUACCUCUGCUUCGACCGCGUCUCCCUCUUUAAGCCCGUCACCAGCCGGCCCGCCAACUCCGAGAGGUACAUAGUGUGCCGGGGCCUGAAGCCUGGCUCGGAUGCGGUCAGGGAGUACCUGUUUGCCGUCAACCUGAAGCUCAACCAGCUGAGGAACACCGAAAGGGACGUCAACGAAGUGGUCCCCCUCGAACUCAUGAAGGGAGACGCGGACUUCUAUCAGCACAUGGUCACCUCCAACGAGAGCCACUGUGCAGUUCAAAUAAAGGCCCUGGCUAAAAUCCACGCCUUCGUCCUGAACACUGCUCUGUCUGAGGCCAAGCAGGCAGAUAUUCGUAAGGAAUGUAUGAAACUGUGGGGGAUCCCUGAUAGGGCCAGAGUGACUCCUGCAUCCUCAGACCCCAGAACCAAAUUCUACGAGCUCCUGAAGGGCUCGGAUAUUAAGUCCCUCAACUCCAAGCCCACACCCCUGAACUCCAGCACAAUAGAGAAGGUUCACCAUGUCCUAGACUACCGCUGCAUUGUGGGAGGCGGUGAGCAGCUCUUCCUGCUGGGCCUAGGGAAGUCUCAGAUGUACACGUGGGACGGCAAGCUCCCGCUUCGCUGGAAGAAGCUGGACUUCAAAACCGAGCUGCCCCGGGACACCGUGCUGAGCGUGGAGAUUGUACAGGAACUAAAGGGCGAGGGCAAGGCUCAGCGUAGAAUCAGUGCAAUUCAUGUCCUGGAUGCUCUGGUGCUGAACGGAACAGAUGUCCGGGACCAACACUUCAACCAGCGAAUCCAGAUGGCAGAGAAGUUUGUGAGAGCAGUGUCCAAACCCAGCCGGCCGGAGAUGAAUCCAAUCAGAGUAAAGGAAGUGUACAGGCUGGAGGAGAUGGAGAAAAUCUUUGUCAGGCUCGAGAUGAAGGUGACCAAGAGUUCCGGAGGCGUUCCUCGUCUGUCCUACACCGGCAGGGACGACCGGCACUUCCUCCCCACCGGCCUCUACAUCAUCAAAACCGUCAAUGACCCGUGGACCAUGGCAUACAGUAAGAACUCCAAACGCAAGUUUUUCUACAACAAGGUGACAAAAGACUCCACCUAUGACCUUCCACCCAAUGCCGUGGCCCCCUUCCAUGUCUGUCACUUUGAGCGACUGUUCUGGGCAUGGGAGGAAGGGGUCAAAGUUCAUGACUCUCAGACUCGGGUGGACCCUGAGAAGCUGUCCAAGGAGGAUGUGCUGGCCUUCAUACACCAGCACUAUCAGCCCUGAGGCAAACCAGGGCUGUUCUGAAAGACAAUGUCCACCCAGUAACCCCAACCCUGUUUGGGCUAGUACCACAUCCUUCCUCACUAAAAACUGCUUAUAUGGGUGCCCCCUCUGCACACAGUUUCCUUUCUGAGAGUGAUGAGAGUUCUGCGAGUAUCUGUCUUUCUGAGCUCAUCUGCACUGGUCAUGAGAUCACAGUGGCUUAUGUUCACAAUUUCCCAAUCCGCUGAGUGCUUUUAUUUUAUUACAUUUCUCUUAUUAGCUUGAGGGCUUGUCAGUCAGGCUGUUAUUGUGCACAGUCACUUACCAAUAAUCUCACAAUCAGUCUUGGUGAGCUCUGAAAUCUGUGCAUCUGCGGAACUCUUCUCCAUGUUUUUAUCGCAGCCUCCUCCCAGACAUCUGUUCCGUGUGUGGACUCAGUGUGCUCCAACACCACACCCUGACCAAACUCUUUCCUCCUUUCAACUCUAGUUGAUGAAGGGGUAAGUUCCUGCUCAUAUAUCAGCCCUGGUUGAACUACUGUGCACUGACGCCGAUUGUACCGGACAGAGGAAUUUCCCCGCGUGCCUCAAAUCUCCUACUAGAAGUAGAUCAGUUUGUGUUUUGCACUAUAGACAGUAGAGGGGGUCAGCUCUUCCUUCCAAGGUCUGUUUGCUUUUCUGCCUGCCUCGGAUGGGCCAGUACAAUCAUGCUCUCAGAAAUGAAAGCCAUCCUGUUUAAAUGGGAGUAGCGAAUCUCACCACAUCUCAACACAGCGUUAUGUGAGAUAUAUGACUCAGAUUUGCGACUGGCUCAUCAUGGAAGAGGCUUACCCAGCCUGCGCUCGGGUCCCGCUCUGUCCUGCUUCCCUCCUUUCACACUGGUUUAGGUUUGUCUUAAAGGUUCCUUUGUAAUGUAAUACUGAAAGUACACGGAUAUCCAGAAAAUAAUAAAAUGAUUGGUUUCAAACCUGA